UAUUGUUUAGCGACCCUCACGUUGCGCGUCGUUAAAAUACGCAAAUAGAAUAAAAACAACUAGACCAUAAACCAUCAUAGUCAUAUUAACAAAAUUUUUACACCGUGAGAGAAUCGAACUUGUGACCAUCGGAGUCAGACGGUGUACUAAACGACUAGACGUCUUUAUUUUGUAUCAAUCCAUUGGAGUAUUCUGUAAAGCUCACGUUGGAAGAGAAGUUUAGAUGCAAAAUGGAGUUAAUAAUUAUUUUAUCAUAGAUAUGGCUGUUUUAAAGCCAUGGUGGACCAGUGCUAGGCAACAAUUAGACGAGACCGUACCAGGUGUACAAAAUGCGUGCUCGCUUAAAGUGGAAAAAUUUAAUUCACACAGUGAUAGUGACUGCAUUGUAAUAAGUGAAGAAUACUUGCUGAAAAUAUAUAAACCACUUCCAAAUCAAGAUACAUCAAAUAUAGUAUUAGAAAGUCAAUUAGGCGAAAUUAUAUUACAAAUUGAAACAGGGAAGUUUUUAGCUGGUUCUGUGGAUCGACAAAUACUUGUACUGCAUCCACAAAGCUAUGCGAUUUAUACGUUGGAGAGAAAGGAAGGCCAUACUGAUGCUGGCGACCAAAAUGUGUUGAAAUUGAUGAUAAAACAUUCGUUUACAAGAAAGGCUGAAAGUUUAACGCAUGGACCUUUUGGGAAUGUAAAAUCAAGGAAUUUUAUAUGCAUACAAGGAAUAGAAGGAAGUUUAAGUUUUUUUGAUCAAGACACUUUUCUUUUUAUGUGCAUAUUAGAUAAUAUUAUAAUUCCAGGGCCGAUUUGUUACAUAGCAAGUUGCGACUCAUUUGUAAUCUGCAAAUCUACGUGGAUAUUAGAAAUAUACAGCUAUCAACAGUUACGAGAGUUCAGUGAACUGAAUGUACGACAAAAUAAGAAGAACAUACCGCAAUGGAUAUAUAAUGCCGGAGAGGAGGUAACAUCCGUUCAAGUAAUUCAGACUAGCAACAAUUUUUCCAGCAUAAUUGCAUUAGGCGAAAGACAUUUGUACUGUUUCCAAGAUAAUGGACUUAUGAAAUUUAUGAUUAAAUUCGAUUAUAUGCCUACAUGUUUCUAUGCGUAUCUCAUCGGCUGGUUCUAUGAGCCUGGAGCACGUUUACUGGUUAUGGUAGCAUCGGAUGAUGCUAAGUUGUAUGUUUACGAGAAUACAUCAUUGUUAUGGUCGUGUGACUUGCUCGAUGUUCCUAUAUCUAUAUCCCGUUGUUUUCUGAAGACACUACCCGGUGGAAUUGUGACACUGUCCAAUACAGGCGUAGUUACAGUCUGCUACUUAGGAACGGAACCUGAUCUCAAUUCUAACGCUGCACCGAUGAUUAAUGAAGAAGGAGAUCCUGAACAAAUUCAGUCAGAAUUAGAAACAGUAGAAGAAGCACUGCAAGCCAUAGUAGAAAAUAAAGAGGAUAACAGUAAUGAAUCGAAAAUAGACGAAAUUAUAAAAAUAAAAGCGGAUGUCAGUAAACCAGUACAAAACCUUAAUAACGACUUUAAACAUGACAAUAAUGAAGCUUUACAUUUACUUAUGUGUCCAAUAGUAAUAAUAAUGACUUGCAAGGAUCCAAAACUUAUUCAGAAUGUCCAAAUUACAUAUGCAUGUUGCGCCCCAUUUACAUUUUCUGAGGCUAUCAUAUGUUUAGAUAAUAUUAAUGGUACAGAAAUAAUAGAAACACAGAUAUUCUUAUCAAGCGAAGGUGACGUAUCGGAAACGGCAGUGGAUAUUCUUUUUACCAUAACAGAUUCCGCUGGAAAAAUUUCUGUGCUCUCUCGAAAAAUUAUGCUUCCAAUAUCCCUUUAUUGUUGUCCCAUCGACGUGGUCCCGGAGAACGAGAUAAAACUUUUCAUUAACUCCAACCAUUCGUGCGUAAAAUUUGCUGAAAUAUUUACAGAUUUUUCUGAAAAAGAAUUGUUCCAAUACGGGGGAUCAUCGGAGAUUGUUACAUUUUCAUACAGAGCAAUUAAAAAAACAGUAACAUUUAAAAGCUCCGGAGAACAAUAUUCUAUAGAAGCUGAUGAUUUUCCUGAAAUUGCAUCCAUAUUAGAUUAUUUCGUAGUCAAGUUAAUGGAUCAUUUUGCGCGUAUGGGUCUCACUGAUUUUCGGUUUUACAUUAAAUGUGAUAAAGACUUUUUAAAGCAACUCAUCCACAAUUUUUUAAAGAGCAUCGAAGCUCAUGCAAGAGAAAGAAUAACACUUAAAAGUUUAGAGGACGAUUUAGACAUAUUACAGAAACAAUUCACACUGAUACAGAAACGUUUGUUGGUACAAUAUGGAUCGCUGCCCCCAGGCGACUGCGAUCAGCUCGAGUUUCUCAUGAAGGACACGCAUAAACGUAUUCAAGAUUCAGUUCAUAAAAUUAUACAAUCCAGGGAAAACGUUUGCAGGUCAAGUACAACACUAAUGAGUAUUGGACAUCUCAUAAUUCACAUUCUAAAGCAAACUACUCCGAAUGAUUUCAAAGUGAAACUAAUUGAGGAAAUGCUGUCAUUAAGUACUAUUUACGAACUGCAUCAAGAAUGGGAGGAAGCUGUUACACAAGCAUCUUCAUACAUAGUGAAUAAUGUCUUACAAAAGUCUGAAAAAGACAAAGAAAAAUUGGCUCCAGUUACUGAACAAGGAAUAUUAUCUCAUAUCAAUUUAAAAAGAUUUCUUAAACAAAUCCGCAUGUUACUGGACAAAAUGUUUUCAGAUGCAUGGACUGAUGAUACAGAAGCUACAGCUCACACAACAAAGGAAAAAGUUACACGUAUUGAAGAGCUUGUAGAAGUUAUUUAAAACUUAUAAUUAUAUUGUACAUCUAAAGCGAUAAUUAUUAGCGUCAUAUCAUUUUAUUGAUAUAUAUAUUUUAAUAUAUUAGAAUUUAUUUAUUUUAAUCUAAUGCAAUUUAAUUACUCGUAUUUGAUAUUUUUGAAGAUUAUAAAGAAACAAAUAUCUCAUAUUAAGAUAUUAUUAUUACUAUUUUAAAGCCUACAUAUUUUAACUGCAAUAGAAUUCAUGUUAAUGUAUCGGUAUAAAAUAAUUAUUCUACUUAUAUUGUUUGUUUAUCUCUCAUUCGUACUUGACAUUGGAGACAAUAUGUGUUAGAAAAUAAAAGUAUUACGUCUAUUUUUAUUACCGGUAGUAACGGUUACUUAUUCAAUUUUUGUAUUAAAUAAAACAAAAAAAUCUUUUAAAAUUUCUAUAAUUUUUAUAUUAAUACAAGUUAAAUAUAUAAUAGUACUUAAAUAUUUUUAUACGUGUAUUUAUGAAGUUAUCUCUACGCUAUGUCUAUUAGGAUGAAGGCAGAGAUGUGUGCAUUCAAAUAUUAUUAUAAAUUUUACAUUUUCAUGACUGAACAGUAUCAAGAACUGUUCUAAAUUUUAAAUCAAUAAUAGUAGUUGUGAAAUAGCGCGGUGACAGACAGAUGGACGGACAAACCUACAGUGUACUCGUAAGUAUUCCAUAUGACCUUUUUUUUCGGUCUGGUUUCCUAAAAAUCGUCCUGAGGAAUGUGAUUAAGAGAUUAUUUGCUUCAAGCACAUUGCAAUUAUAUUUUCAUAAUUCGUGCGAGGUUAGAUAAGAUUUAACAUGAAUAUAACCAUGUCCAAAAACAAUAAAAAUUAACCAUGUCCAAAGACAGCUGGUUGCAGUCAAAGUCAACAAUUCUAGAACGAAGGAAGAGAUCUAUUACUUUACGCUACUCAUAAUAGAGCGAGAGCCGAAAGUCGCAAAACGUAAAAUACGGCAUCGCUUGGCAGGUAAGGUCAAAGUAGUUGGUGCAAUAUUAGAUAUUCUGAAUCGCAAAAUCAGUUUCGAAGAAAAGCGGUUAGGUCCAAGUUUAUUGAGGUUAUAAAACAAAGAAGAGAUAGAUCAUUCACCACGAAAUAA